AUGAGCGUCUUUGCGCCCUCUGCGCUGUCCAGCGCUUCAUCGAGCCAGGCGCCGCCGACAAGCAGCCUCUCGUCCUUCCUCACCUCGACAAGCGUACCCAGCGCGCCGCCGCCCUCGCAGAGCUACGUCCAGUUGUGCAAGGUCGUCCUCCAGCGACGGUUGCGAAACCUCUUCGGCUUGACAGCGGUCGCGACGGGCGUGGCACUGUAUCUGGCCAUCUUUGACCCGCGAGAACUGCCAGGAUCCUUGUUCAACGUCGUUCCGCUUCUCCUCUUUGCGCCAAUCGCUUUCUUGGGCACUCUGCCUGUCCUCGUACUGCGCAAGCAGACCAUCACCACUUCCCGCCCUCCUCUUCCUACCCUCUUCUCCAAACUCUCGUCGAUUCGGAAACGAUCGCUCGCUCUCCCAGUUUUCUUCGCCUACCUCCUCGCCGCCUUAAUUCUGCACUUCGCGUACAUCUGGGCGGCGAGCUGGACUUCGAGGGAUGCACGGCUCGGCUGGCUUUUCUUUCACCAGGGACGAGACGCCUGGCAGGUCAACGAGCGCCGCCUUCUCCUUGCGAUCUUCCAUGCCGUCCUUGCGGCGUGGGCGACCGUCCAGCACAUCGUGGAAGACCGCGCGCAGGUCGAGUUUGACGACGAUGCAACGCUCACCAUUCCCGCCCGCCUCGCCUCCACGGGCAGGAAGCGCUGCUCGUCGGCCUUCCAGUCCGCUACAUCGGCGACCUUCACCUUCUGGUCCGCCUACGUCCUCUUGCGCCGCCCGGUCUUGCGGUUCUUCCUCGCGCAUGUCCUCCCGACCUGGUCCCGACCCUACAUGUACGCCAUGAUGCGACAUAGCGGCGCCUAUUCCCUCACCCUCGCGACCCGAGCGUUCGCCUCUGCGCUGCUGUUCUUCCUCGCAUGGGAAGCGGCGCACGUCUGCUUCGAUGUCUAUGCGACGCACCCCAUGCUCGUCUCGCAGUUCGCGCCGAACCCGAACCAGGCCUUGCUGUCCGGCCUUCGCGCCAGCGAUCCGUACUACCAGCACUUCGCCUUCCUCGAGCUUUCGCUCCUCACCCUUACCAACCCGUCCCGCCGCCAGGCGAUUUUCAAGGACGUCAAGCCUGGCAGUGCGGCUGGUGGGGCAUGGGCGGAGAUCUCGAGGGAGUGUCUGCUGUUGAUCGGGAAGGAGCUGCAGCGGGCGAAGGGGCGGUCCUCAACUGCUUCUUCCGGAGCUGGUGCAAGCACGAGUAGUGCGCCUGUUGCGAGGGACGAGCAGUCAAGCCCGAACCGCGCACCCGUCAAGUCAGGCGACGUCUUCGUCCCGUCCAAGCCUUCACUCUUCGACAAGCUCGCCUCUGCCGCCAUCAACUCGUCCAGUCAAGCCCUCGGCUCGUCUCCUGCCCUUCAAGGCGCGUCGCGGGCAAUCACGUCGACCAGUCAAGGCCCCGCAGCACAAGAAGCGAAGCAAGCCGUCUCGACCGCCCUCACGAGUGCCUCUACCGCCGUCUCGCGAGUCCCUUCAAUCCUCCAAUCCGCACACCUCAUCUCCGCCUCUACCGCUCAAAGCGUCACAGACGCAGCAAAGACCGCUCCUCCGCCUGACAUGGUCGCGGAGGUCGUUGGCGUCGAGCAGAAGGUCGCCAAGCUCGUGCCGGCGGUGGCGAGGGGAAAGGUGUUUGAGGUGUCGAUGGAGUAUCGCGUGAGGAACCGUGUGCCGAGGAGGCAGGAGACGGUUUGCGCGAUCCAAGCCCUCUCGAACCUGAUCUGCGCCUCCCUCACCGAAGACCCCUACGGCGUCGCCCAACGCGACAUUCCCAAAGUCCUCGAGGCGUUCGUGCGCUACCUCGCUAUCCUCGACAGCGUUGCUGCGGAGAUGCAGAGUGCGGCGGAACAGGUUGUUGGGGGCCGGGAAGAGCAGGAGCGUGCGAGGAGAGUGGUGGAGCGCGAGAUUGGGGAGGUCCAGGAUGCGCUGCGGAACGGCGCCAAGGCGAUCUUGACGGAGUUUGCAGAGUACUUGGGCAGCUUCCGCUUCCCUACCAAGGUUGCGUCGCAGCUGCAGCUGCUGGUCGACUACGGCGGGAACUAG